CACUUUAUUACCUACUUGGUUUUUUUUUCCAAUGUUUAUCAGAUUUUGAUUUCGCAUCUUCUUGCUAUUUUAACAUGAGUUUAUUUUUUUUUUAUAAUCAUUAUAUUCUUAUUUAAAUAUCUGGACUUGAUUAGGUACAUUGACUCAAGUUGUUUUAUAAUCGCUAUACUGAAAUCUCUUUAUUCCAGCAUACACAGUUUGUUAUUGCUAUGAGCUAUGACUUCAUCGCUGCACGCUACGAAUUUAUACAUAUCAGACGUUUGAAUUGAACUGGUUAGUUGUAUGUGGUUAUGUACUUAUGUAGUUUUGUUAAUUGUUGGUUCAGGUUCACCUACUACACUUGAGCACCCUCCAACAGCAUGGCAAGUAAUACGAUGGUGGCACCGAGUAAGGUGGCACUGCCACCAGCCACUAGUGAUGAAAGUGCUACUAUAUUCUCCAUGAUAUACAGGUUCUUCAAAAAGGUAUCAAUAGUGGGAGCUGUUUAUUUAGUGGGUUACAUGCAAUGGAGUGUAGCGUGGCUUAUCGGGCCCGUUAUACUGUCGGUGGUACGCGACCAGUGGCGCAGGGAAAGCGAGUAUCGGCGCAACCUGGCGAAAGCCGCCGCACUCUCCUCUGAGAAAGAUGUGGUCUUGGCAAGACUUGAUGAUUUACCGGCUUGGGUUUUCUUCCCUGAUAUUGAGCGCGCCGAAUGGUUGAACAGAAUACUUCUGCAAGUUUGGCCUAAUGUGAAUCAUUACGCUCGAACUCUAUUGAAAGAAUCUAUUGAACCCGCGGUGGCUGAGAGCCUCUCGAACUUCAAAUUAAAUGGAUUCAAAUUUGAGCGCAUGAUUCUAGGGACCAUCGCGCCUCGUGUCGGCGGCGUCAAAGUCUACGAUAAGAAUCUCUCGAGGAAUGAAAUCAUUAUGGAUGUUGAUCUGUUCUAUGCCGGUGACUGCGAUAUAUCAUUUGUGUUGCAACACAUUCGAGGAGGCAUCAAAGAUUUACAGAUCCAUGGUAUGGUGCGUGUAAUAAUGAAGCCCCUAAUCACAAAGAUGCCAUUAGUGGGAGGCCUCCAAAUAUUUUUCAACAACCCUUCUAUUGACUUCAAUCUGGUCGGCGCCGCCGAUGUCCUUGAUAUGCCUGGCUUCAGCGACAUCUUACGACGAUGUAUUGUAGAACAAGUUGCCAGAAUGAUGGUGUUGCCCAACAAAUUACCCAUCAAAUUAAGCGACGAAAUACCCACCGUCGACUUGCGCAUGCCCGAACCGGAGGGCGUACUACGUAUUCACCUGGUCCAAGCUCAGAAUCUCAUGAAGAAAGAUGUGUCUAUGCUUGGUAAGGGUAAAUCAGACCCAUAUGCAAUCAUAACUGUCGGUGCGCAGCAAUGGAAGACGAAACAUAUCGAUAACAACGUCAACCCUCGCUGGGACUUCUGGUGCGAGGCGCGCAUUAUACAAUCGCUGGGUCAAGCGUUGGAAAUUGAGGUGUUCGACAAGGAUGAGGGGAACAACGACGACCAUCUCGGCAGAUGUUCAAUGGACAUUUCGCAAGUUGUGCGUUUUGGACGCUUAGAUACGUGGCAAACUCUUCAACAAGCUAAACAUGGCAAAGUUCAUUUACGUCUCUCAUGGCACCGUCUCUCUAGCGAUCUGCUGGAUUUGAGUCACGCACUCACUGAGGUCCAAUUAGUAAAGACUGGUGAUUUGAGCUCUGCUGUAUUAUCCGUAUACGUAGACUCGUGCAAGAAGUUACCUAACGCGCGACCACAGUCCAGGCCUGACCCGUAUCUGUCAGUGACGGUUGGCAAGAAGACGGAGAUCACCGCCGUGCAAAUGAGGACUGACGAUCCCGUCUACGAAAUAGGCUAUUCGUUCCUUGUACAGAACCCUGAAAUUGAUUUACUAGAAAUUAAGGCUCUGGACCAGAAGACUGGAAGUCAGCUUGGACUGCUUGUGUACUCCAUUUCAUCAUUGCUGAAGCAACAAGACUUGACCAUGCUGACACAGCCAAUAAUGUUACAAAAAUCUGGCCCCGAAUCAAAGAUUAUCUUGUCAUUGCAACUCAGGAUUUUGAAGGAAGCUGUUAAAGAAGAAGAUAUAGAAGACGAGUCUACUCUAGAGCCAACGAGUGACUCGUCUCCAGUGCCGCCCACGCCGCCUGCGCCCGCAGCCGUCGCAGUGGAGGCAACGGAUGGAGUCGUACCAGAACCAUUGUUGCAACAACCAACACCAAAACCGAGCUCUGCUGAUUUGCAAGACAUAGAAGAUAAUCCACCUGACAAUGUAUCGCAAAACUCAAUUCCAGUGGAGCAAAUUGUAAAAGAAGUUGAUGUAAACCAAGACUAUCAAGCGCCUUCAUCUGGUCGUCAAUCCCCACCCUCAAAAUUGGUACAUAGAAUAUCUUCAUUGACUACGUCUGCAGGUGAGGCUGGUUUGGGUCGAAUAUUACUCUCACUUCGUUAUAGCAUGCAAAAUCAAAUUUUGUAUGUUGUUGUACAUAAAAUAAUGCAUAUACCUCUAAAGGACCCGACCAACGUGCCUGACCCAUAUGUGAAAUUAUACUUAUUGCCAGGACGAUCCAAGGACUCUAAGCGCAAGACAGUGGUGGUGAAGGAUAAUUGUAUGCCAGAAUAUGAUGAGCAAUUUGAAUGGGCAAUUCCACUGGCAGAAUUACACUCUAGGCAGAUUGAAGUGACGGUCGCAACGCACAAGGGCUUUCUCGGCGGCAGCCCUGUUAUUGGACAGGUCCUAGUACACCUCAAUCAAUAUGACCUUCGAGAAGCAAAGACCUUAUGGUUUGAUCUGAUGCCGGAAACAACCCCUAGAGAUUAAAAAAUGAAAAAAUAUGGCAUAAUGUAUAAAAUAUGUGAAUCUAUUCUUUUUUUAAAUAAGGAUCUGCAGUGCUGCCGUGUCCACUGUACCACAACUAAUGAUAAAAUAACCAAAAUAUUAUUGUUAGUAAAACAGUUAGAACACAUACUCAUUUUGUUGAAAAUGGUGGAUACACCUAAUAUUGUAUAUUAUUUACAUAAUAUGAUUUCUAUCUUAGCAAAAAUACAUUUUGCACACUGCAGUGGCUACCGUACUUUUUAUAUUAGUGAUCAUGAAUUUUCUAUUUUUUAUUUAUUUAUCAAUUAAGAGUUAACUACUAAAGUGUUUGUACUGUAUAAACUCGAAAGCUUAUGAAACUAAAUUAAUGUUGUUCAUGUUAAACUCGGGGUUUCCUACUGAUCUAGUUUGUAGAAAUCUACAGAUAUAAGUGGUUUAGAUAAUUCGACUAGCAUCAUAUAUAAUGUAAGUGAAUAAUCGCUCCACAAAGAAAACAGCACUUUCAGUUUGAUCUUAUGUCAAAAUUGAUGUGGUAGUGAGGAAUUAUUAAAGUUGAUUCAGAAUUAGUAAAAAUUAUUGCGUAAAGUAUACAUAAAAAAAAUAAAAACUAAUGUUUAAUGUCACUUAAAAGUGGAUUACAGCUGUAAAAUCUUCAUGUUUUCUAAGUACUUAUUAUUAACAAUGGAAAUUAUUAUGUUUAUAUUGUUUACCUAUAGUUGUGUAUGUCUGUUUUAUACACCUUUUUUUUACACAUGUUGUAUGGUUAAAAUAAUUUAUUGUUAAUUUUAUUAUGCAAGUCUUAUGAUUAUAUGUUUAAGGAUGGUAAAUGAUAUUUAUACCGCUAUAAUGUGUCGUAUGUACGAUAAAGAUAUCUUUAGGGCAUUGGCCAAUUCAUUAUAUCCAAUCUAUUGACAGUUGCAUAUUAUGUUGUAAAACUUAUGUUAUCUCACGAUGCUUUGCCAUCUCAUCUUCUACAUACAUUUAUUUAUUAUCAUUAUAAAAUAAUUUCCGGUGUCACUAUUUAAACGACCUAUUAAAAUGUACAAAAAAGGGUCACAACGAGAUUUCUUAAAUUUGAUAGUGUAUACUGUAUUAGUAUAUCACUAAAUAAAUAAAGUGAAAUCUGCAUUUCACUAAUCAGUCAUUGCUUUAAUUGUAUGCUUUUUAAAAUUAUUAUUAAAUGAAACAAAAAAUUAAAA